AUGUUAAACAUGAAGAGUGGUGGAGUGGGUAGUGUUGUCACCUCACAGUUGCAGGGUCCUGGGUUUGAUCCUGAGCUUGGAGCUCAUAUACCACCGCCCUGUCCUCUGUUCGUGGAGGGCGAGCGGGUCUCCUCGCCUUCAGUCAAAAAAAAAAUGUCAGGUUUAAAUUUCACCAUUCCUUUCUCGGUUGACUUUACAAGCACGGGAGAUUUUUUCAUUUUCAUUUACCACAUCGUGUUCGCCACAUGCGCGGCUCUGCUCGCGGGCUCUGUGGUUCUGGGUAUCCUGUGCACCCGGGCGCUGCGCCAGCAGAACCGCUUCAUCUUCAUGCUGAACACCAGCAUCAGCGACACCCUCACCGGCUUCUCCGUCUAUUACCUCGGCCUCUUCGACGUGCAGGAGGGUUAUCCAUCCAGAAACAGCACCUUUUACAUUUUGCCCUCGUUUUUAGGGGUGAACGUGAUGACGUUUCUGUUCGCGCAGUUUGACCGCUACUUGGCAGUGGGUCACCCGUUCUUUUACAACCGCUUCAUUACGCGCUGGUUUGUCAUCGCGUGCUGUGUCUUCUGCUGGGUGUACACCUACUUAAUCCUCACUAUUCAGAACGUUUUACCAGUUGCACAAGCGGUCAAACUGAGCGCCUUCGGUGUCAUGACUUUGCAGAUAAUAGUUGUGCUCAAAGUCUUGAUGACCAUUAAGUUGUACAUCAUAGCCAAACACCAGCUCGGACGCGAGGCGCCCAGCCCGGAGAGAGACAGCAAGAAGGAGUCACUGCGCCUCAUUGUGUUCGUGGUGAUUUGCUUUUUGUCGCUGUGGUGUCCCUCCUUCGUGAAUAUCAUGGUCAGAUAUCUGUCAAACGGAGGGCUGCGCUUUAGGAACGAAGCGACCAACGCGUUUGCCAUCAUGGCGCGCUUUAACGCGCUCAGCACUCCUGCGCUUUACAUAUGGGGCAGUCCUGCUCUGCGCACUGCUGUGUGGAGCACGGUGUGGAGAAGAGUGUGUACACUGUGCCACAACAGGACUACAAGAGUGUUCAGCAUGAACAUGAAACCAGCGAAAGAUAGAGUGCUGAGCAUCUCACAGAGCUCGAGGGACAUGUGAACGGCGAAAGCGGGAGACAAAACCAGACGAAGGGCUAAUCAUUACACGACCAGGCCUGGAUUAGACUGGUUUGCCUAUAAUAUUUCAAACUAAAUGUUCAGAUCAAUGUUCAAGUUCUUUUUAUAUAGAAAGGCACUUGCUCUAUAUGGUUUCGCACAGCACGUCAAAUGAACAAGGUUUCUGUGCAGCUAUAUUACACUACACUGACUGUGACUUAUUUGUAAAUAAACACUUCGGAAAAAAAAGUUUAAAAUUAGAACCCUUAAUGGUUCUUCAGUUAUCCCUCUGCAGGGGUGUGAUUGGACACCCCUGCCUUAAAGGGUAUGUGUACGACCCUACAACAAAGUGUUUAUCUUUUUAGGAAGCUAAGGAACAUUAACUAUACAAGGUACAUUUUGAAGAACCUUUUGUCUAAAAAUUCUGUGAUCAAGUAAUUAAAAAUUUAAAAAGCAAAUGACUUGAGUUAGAUUUUUUUUUGAGAAAAUGUAUUUCUUUUUCUAUUCAAUUAAUACAGUCACAGCAGAAUAUUUGCACAAUCUGAACAUGAUGAUAGUAGUCUUUAGCUGUGAUGCUGAAUGUAAAUGUGAAGCCAAAGAUGAUUCUUUAAAAUAAACACUAAUUAAAAAAAGAAAGAAGAUAUAUAAAAAGUUUAGUUUGUGUUUAACACAUU